CUUGUAUGCAAUGACCAUGACUUCGUGAACAUGUAUCACUUGCCUUCUACAAUGAAAAUGUAUAUGAUUGAAUCAAACAAUUUUUUUCAUUUUGCUUACUGAUAGAGAAGAAAUAAAGUCAUUUAAAACGCUAGGUUUCCCAAUGAAAUUGUUUUUCUGUUUAUUACAGUGCUCUGUUCUCAAACAAGAUGGCUUUGGCAGAAGAUAAAAAUAAAAAAAUCAGAUUCACUCCUGCUCUAGACAUUCUCCUGCUGCAGGAGGUUUUAGUGGUAAAUCCGUUUGAGGAAAGCCCAAGGUGGGCAGAAGUUUCCACCUCCUUUAAUGCUGUAUUGAAAGAGAGGCGUGGCGAUGAAAUGACUUUAACCACUGCCAGGACUGUUCGAGAGAGAACAGCACAUUUGAUUCAGAAAUUUAAGAAAGAUGAAAUGGAGAGUGCAAGAAAAUCUGGAACAAAUGAAGAGUACGGUCAGAGAGAGCAGCUACUCACUGACCUGGUAGCACUCCUCAAUGAAACUCAGCAAAAAACUAAGGCCAACAAGGUUGACGCUGAGAAGGCUGAAAAAGAGGAGGGGAUGGCUGUAAGGCAGGCAGCCCUUAAUAGAAAAGAGGUUAAAGAAGGACAGUCAGGUGUGGGCAGAAAGAGGAGCUCAGAAAGAGAAGAUUAUCUGGCCAUAGUCAGGGAAAGGGAACAGAAUGCGAAGAGAUUGCGGGAAGAGGAGCUGGCCCUCAAGAGGGAAGAACUCGCAUUGUCAAAAGCCAGAUUUGAACUGGAAAAGAAGGAGAGGGAGAGAAGAAUGGAAGCAGAGGCGGCAAGAGAGAAAAUGAUGCUGGACUUGAUGAAGGCAGUAAUGGAAAAGAAAUAAAUCUUUUUUCCUAUUAGCACUGCUAUAUAGGCAAUUUAAUGUGACCAUGAUUUUUUUUUUACUUUUUAGUACCCACUUUUAAACAAAGACUACACUUUUAAACAAAGACUACAUGAAAUAGGCCAAGUUACCUUUUUGUGCACAUUUAUUUUUCAUUCUGUUUGUUAAUAUUUAGUGCUGAUUUUGCUGUUAAGUAUACUUGUCCAGUGUUAUUGCAUCAAAAUUGCCAAAAUAAUUUUUUUGUCCAUUCUUAUAUUCUGCUUAUUUGUGCCAAAGUUUAUUUUUAUUUUCUUCAAAAUGAUGAAAAAUAAUUGAAUACUCUUUCUUUGUUUUGUGCCAAAAGCUUAAAAAAAUGCUCAAAUCUAUUUCAUAUAUAUUUUUUAGUUUUAUAUAUAUCAGAUUCAAAGUUUCAUUCCUCAAUGAUGUUAAAAAGAAUCAUCUCUAUAUUGUAAAUAUCAACCAUAUGCAAUUAAUAGCAUUCUUUACUGUUAUAUUAUUAUUUUUAUUGUUACUUAUUGUUGAAAGCAGCCAUGUCAAAUGAAUACUCUUAUUUUUGUUUUGGUCAAAAGCUAAAAUAAUGCUCAUAAAUAAAUAGGCCUAUCAACCAUGCAAUUAAUGGCAUUCGGUACCGUUACUUAUUGUUGAAUGCUGCUACAAAAAAUAAAUGCUCUUAUUUCAGUUUUGUACAAAAGUUCCAAAUAUUGCUCAUAUUUUGAAAUCUUUUUCUAAUUUUUUAUAUGUUUAAAACGUUUCAUUGCUCAAUAGUUACAGAAAAUUACCACUAUAUUGUAAAUAAAAAAUUUCAACCUUGUACAAUUCUUUAUUUGCUCAAUUCUUUUCCUCUACACUACAGCACAUUAUCUUAAUUCUUUUAGAUAUGUGAUGCAUUUAUUAUGUUUAGUUUCUUUGAUAUAAAUAUUCCUCCAAUGUUGGAGGGUGUACAUUAAAAAAUUCUGUAAUAACUCCACCAUAGCAACAAGUAUGGCAGUUGGUGAGAAUUGCACCAACUGCGUACAAUUUGCCAACAGGCUGAAGGUAAAGUUUUAAAUUUUUUUUGAAGUCGAGAAAAGCAAAAGUUUGUACAAUUUUUCCAAAGGCCCACUCUACACUUUCUCGGACCCGAGACAUUUCAGAAUUAAAUGCGUGCUGCUCUGGUGUAAUGUUUGCACCUCGAAAUGGACACUGAAGUUGGGGGCGGAUGGGGUAUGCAGGGUCACCAUAAAUACAAAAUCGCCCAUCAACAUCUUGUGGUAGCUGUUGCAGCUGUUGAAGAAGACCACUCUCUUUCAAAAGGGCACAGUCGUGGCGCUUGCCUUCCAUUGGGCCAUACAAACUGCAUAUAAUCCCAUUUGGGAUCACAACGCUCUGGAAUUUAAUUGCGUGUGUCCUUUUGUGUCCAUUGUAGCAUGUCCGUUGUAGAAAUGUAGGUCUACUUAUAGGUCUAACGGUGCCAUCCACAAAACCAAUACACUUAUUUAAUGGUGCACCCUGUGAAACAAUCGCCUCAGAAUACUGCAUGAGAUGAUCCAUGUCCAUCCAUGGUUGAUCUAGAUUAUGAAUCAAGUGACUAUAAUUGUCAUAUAUGUGGUCCACUGUUUC